AUGGCGCCAUUGUCACGCCUCGUCGGCGCGCUCCCCGCAUCGCUCCUCGCCCUCGUCGUCGUCGCCAUCUCCACCGUCCUCCCGGCGGGCGUGCACGCCCAGACGUUUGGCAUCGGCGACCCCAACAACGUCACCUCCCUCUCCGGCACCUGGUGCACCGGCGCCUGCCACGUCGUCACCGGCCUCCAGUUCUACAACCCCAUCUCCGAGACCUUCACCUACCCGCUCUCGGCGGGCCAGUCCUACAGCUUCACCGACGACGGCUUCUGGGAGCAGGCCCUCUACCUGUACAGCACCAACCCCUCGCAGCCAAACUGCGUCUCGGCCCAGCUCAUCUGGCAGCACGGCACGUACACGCUCAAUAGCAACAACACCCUCACCCUCAACCCCUUCAAGGGCGACGGACGCCAGCAGAUCUCCGACUACUGCGCCCAGGUCUCCAACGUCGUCCAGUCCUACACGCAAAAGGAGGACAUGAACGGUUUCGAGAUCCACCUCGAUACCCACUACGGCCAGCCCGCCUACUACCUCAAGCUCUACGAAUUCGACGGCGCGCCCAAGCCCAUCAUGUGGCAGACCUACAACCCGCCCCAGAUGCUCCCAACCGAGCAGCUCCACCAGGUCGUCAUCGGAGAGCUCAAUGGCGCAUGA